UGGGCCUCGCUGCCACCUAGGAAGAAGUAGAGGGCAACUCGCACUGUUUUGUUUCUGCGAGGUGUGACUGAAGCUCAUUCCCGGCUGGGCCCUGUGGUCCUCAGGGGAGGAGAAGGUGGAAAGUGUAAUGCCAAGCCUCCCACUCCCCACCACCUCUUUCCUCCUCAUACAGGUGGAGUUGGGAGUUCAGCUCCCCACUGGACCCCAUUGACACCAGGGGAUUGGGAAACGGGAAUGUUGACUAUCCUGCUUCACACCCCUCAUUCUGCUUCAUUGAUGGCAAAUGAGUGUGGAGGCUCAGCUCACCUUGAAGCUCCCCUGUUGCUUGGGGCAGCGGCAGCAGGGACAUGAAUACCAACUAGCCUUUCCUCCUACUGCACUGUUCAGUCUUGUGGACGCCAAUUGAAUGUGGAGGUUUGUCUCCCCACUGGGCCUCACUAAGAUGAAAGUUAUGGGGAAAGUAGAGUGUUUACAGGCCCCCACUUGCACAGCUUUGUUCAAUGUCCUUGUUGAUGGAUGAGAACGAAGGUUCAGGUCUCCACUGGGUCCCGCUUACGUAGAGGCAGGUGGUGAGCCUGGUAUUGACUAAUCCCACUUCAAACCACCCUGUUAAGACUGGUUACUGCUGGAUGAGGCACAGCUCACAGAUAAACCCCAAUGACACCACCCUGGCAGGGGAACUGCAGCACUGCCCAUUUCUAUCUGAUGGGGGAAAUCAUCUUUCUGCUCAGGUCACCACCACCACCCAGCAGGGGAAUCAGAGUGCCACCUGCUUCUUCCAGUUGCAGUAUGGAAAAUUAGCUCCCUGAUCAGCCCCAAAACCACCCAGUGGGGGAAUCAGAGCACCACAUGGUCCUUCUAGACACAGUAGAAGAUGAGAACCAUGUUUAUCCCUCCGACACCACCUGAUGGGAGAAGUAGAUUGAUUCCACUUCUGCAGAGCAGGAGUAUUUGAUAGAUGAUCAGCUCCCUCUCCAUCCUCUCUGAAACUAGGGGUUGGAAGAUGAUAUGGCAUUUUUAACUGGAGUAGCAUGGGUAUUGCCAAAAAUAUAUUCAGUUGUUAGGUCACAUUUUCCACAGACCUUUGACAAAGGGGGACAGGCUUUUCUUAUAGCUUGUUCUGGGUUGAAGGUUUCUGCAGCACCCUAUUGGGGAUAUAUUGGAGGCAAUGAAGAAUCCCAGGUAGCUCACAGCUAUAUUGUUCCUCAAGUCCUGAGGUCCUUAGACAGUCUCUCCCUCUCAGAGUCUUUCUAUGUUUAUCUGUUCUAUUGUGUCCAGAGUUUCUAAGACGUAAGGAUGAGGAAUGAGGCAACUCUACUUGGACAGAACCAGAAGUCUGCCUAGUAGCUUUUUGCUUUAUUAAGGAAAGGAGAGCAGGAAGGAGGGAGAAAGGGAGAAUUUCCUUUAACUUUUUUGAGGUAUAAUUAUCAAUAAUUCACCCAUUUAAAGUACCAAUCCAGUGUUUUUAGAACAUUCAAAGAGCUAUGUAACCAACACCAAAGUCAGUUUUGGAAGAUUAUUAUCACCCCAAAAAGAAACCUUGUCUUUUUUGUUUUGUUGUGUGUGUGUGUGUGUGUGUGUGUGUGGUUGUUGUUGUUUUUUUUUUUUUUUUUUUUUGAGACGGAGUUUCGCUCUUGUUGCCCAGGCUGCAGUGCAGUGGCAUGAUCUUGGCUCACUGCAGCCUCUGUCUCCCAGGUUCAAGCAAUUCCUCUGCUUCAGCCUCUCAAGUAGCUGGGAUUACAGGCGCAUGCUACCGCACCUAGCUAAUUUUGUAUUUUUAGUGGAGACAGGGUUCACCAUGUUGGUCAGGCUGGCUGGUCUCGAACUCCUGGCUUCAGGUAAUCCACCUGCCUCAGCCUCCCAAAGUGCUGGGAUUACAGGCGUGAGCCACUAUGCCUGGCCACUUUGUACUCUUUAGCAAGCACCGGCUGCCAUUUGUUCUUUCCCUCCCCACUGGCCCAAGGAGCCACCAGACUACUUUCUGUCUCUAUAGAUUUCAUUUUUUCUGGACAUUUCAUAUAAAUGGAACCAUAUAAAUAUGUGGUCUUUUGUGAUUGGCUUUUUUCACUUAGCAUAAUGUUUUCAAGUUUCAUCCAUGUUGUAGCAUGCAUCAGUGCUGCUUCCUUUUUAUGGUUGAACAAUUUUCCAUUGUGUAGAUAUACCACAUUCCAUUUAUCCAUUCCCCUGAUGGGCAUUUGGACUCUUUUCACUUUUUGGCUAUUAUGAGUAAUAAUAAAACCUGAGUUUUUGUGUGGACAUAUGUUUUCAUUUUUCUUGGGUAUUUACCUAGGAGGAAAGAACUGGGUCAUAUGGUAACUCUGUUUAAUCAUUUGAGGAACUGCCAGACCGUUUUCCAAAGUGUUUGCUUCAUUUUAUAUACCCACCAGCAGUAGAUAAGGGCUCUCAUUUUUUUUUACAUCCCCAUUGAUACUUGUUAUUAUCGGCCAUUUGAUUGUAGCCAUCCUAGUAGGUAUGAAGUGGUAUUUCAUUGUGGUUUUUAUAUGCAUUUCCCUAAUGACUAGUGAUGUUGAGCAUCUUUUCAUGUAUUUAUUGAAACUUUCUACAUCUUUUUUGGAGAAAUGCCCACUCAAAUUAUUUGCCCUUUUAAAAUUAUUGAGAUAUAAGUCACAUACCAUAAAAUUGACCCUUUUAAAGUAGUCAUUGGUUUUUAGUAUAUAUUUAAGGCUGUGCAGUCAUCAACACUAUUUAAAUCCAGACUAUUUUCAUCAGACCAAAAAGAAAUGUUCUACCAAUUAGCACUUGAGAAUACAGAGUAAUAAGCAAACUCAGUUUAUCCUGCUACACUCUCAUAACAUGUUUCUGACACCAGAUGUGUGGGGUUUUUUCCACACACCAAACAAGCAAUAAAUUCUGCAGGGGACUCCAGAUGGGUGUCCUCCAAUUUAAUUCUGACAUUAUCUACCUAGAGAUAGUGUCAGAUCCCACAGGUUGAGGGCUCAGUCUUAUAAGAUUGCCUCCUACUUCUGAUGCCAGUCACAAGCCCCAGCUUGUUUAACCUGUGCUUCUGACUGACUGGCUAUAAAUUGGGGUUCCCACACCCCUCUCUUUGGAUUUCAUUAAUUUGCUAUAGUGGCUAACAGUACUCUAGGAAACACAUUUACCAAUUUAUUAUAAAGGCUGUUACAAAGGAUGGAGAUGAAGAGAUGCAUAAGGGUGACGUAUGGUGGAAGAGGCACAGAGCAUCCAUGCUGACCCCAAGUGUGCCACCCUCCAGCAACCUCCAUGUUCUCAGCUCUUUGAACCCUGUCCUUCUAAGCUUUUAUUAAGGCUUCAUCACAUGGCAUGAUUGACUAAACCACUGGCCAUUAUUGAUCAACUUAACCUUCAGCCCUCUCCCCUCCCCAGAAGCUGGAUUUGGUGCUGAAAGUCCCAACGCUGUAAUCCUACCUUGGUCUUUCCAAUGGCCAGCCCCCAUCCUGAAGCUACGGAGGGACUGACAGCCACUAGUCAACUCAUUAACAUACAAAAAGAUACCACCUUGGAGAUUCCAAGGAUUUCAGGAAUUGUAUGCCAAGACCAAAUAUAUAUUUCACAGUAUCCCAACAGUCAGUCCCCGUUCCACUUUCACCCUAGUCCCCCUGGCAAACACUAAUCUACUUUCUGUCCCUGUCAAUUUGCCUCCUUGGGACAUUUCAUAUAAAUACAUACUGUCUCUUGUAAUUUGCUGGUGUCCUUUCUUUCACAUGGAUUCACAUUAGUCUUGGGUAACUUGCUUUUAAUCUGAAGAACCUCCUUUAUAUUUCUUAUGCGCUGAGUCUGCUAACAACAAAUUCUCUGCUUUUUGUUACCAGGGAAUUCCUUUAUUUCCCCUUCAUUUUUGACAGAAAUCUUGCUGCAUGUAAGAUUCUUGAUUGACAGCUUAAUAUUUAGCACUUUGAAUAUGUCGUUCCUCUACUUUCUGGUCUCCAUGGUUUCUGAUGAGAAGUAAACUUAAUCUUUUUGAGGUUUCUUUGUACACAAGGAGUCAUUUUUCUAUUUGAGCAUUUUUACUGUGAUGUGUUUUAAUGUGGAUCUAUUUGUAUGUAUCCUACUUAGAGUUUUUUGAACUUCUUGGAUGUGUGGAUUAAUGUUUUUCAUCAGAUUUGGGAAGCUUUAAGCCAUUAUUUCUAAAAGUUUUUUCUACUCCUCUCUCAACUCUCUUUCUGUUCACUUAUAAUAAGGUAUAUGUUGGUUCACUUAAUGGUAUUCCACAUUUCUGUGAGGCUCUGUUCAUUUUUUCAUUUCUUAUUCUCUGUGUUUUUCAGAGUGCAUAAUCUCUAUCAGUCUAUCUUCAGGUUCUCUAAUUCUUCUUUCUGCCACUUCAGAUCCUCUGUUGAGCUGCUUGAGUGAAUUUUUCAUUGUUUUUGUACUUUUUAACUUCUGACUUUCCAUUUGCUUCCUUUUUAUAAUUCCCAUCUCUUUAUUGGUAUUCUGUAUCUGAUGAAACAUUGUCAUCAUAGCUUCUUCUACUUCUUUAAACGUGGGUUCCUUUAGGACUUUGAACAUAAUUUGUAAUGGCUGCUUUGAAGGCUUUGGUAUAUCAGAUGCCUGGCCCCUCUAACAGAUAGUGUCUAUUGACUACACUUUUUUCUGUGUAUAGGUCAUACUUUUUUCUUUCUUUCCAUGUCUCAUACUUUUUGUUGAAAACUGGACAUUUUAGGUAAUAUUUUUUAGCACCUCUAGAUACUCUUCCCUCCCCGGACUUGUUUUUGUUGUUAUUUGCCUGUCUAUUUGAUCAGAGACUUGACUAGACCAUCUUAGUGAUGGACUAGUCUUUUUUUCUUCAUAGUUUGAAGCCUCUGAUGUGACUCCUAAGAGGGCAGGGCCUUGGCCAAGCAAACGCAGUCACCCUGAGAAGACAGUGUUUUUUUUUUAGCAGGGCACUCUUUCCCUCUUCCACGAAUCUCUCUGUUAGGCUGUCUCCCUCAGUUGUUAGUACACCAGCUGUUGGGUUCCACUAAUUACCUGCUGAUCACUCUGUUGCUUUUGACAAAGCCCUGGGUCAUCUGUUGCCCUACAAUCUGAUCUAAUUAAGUUUGGGUGGUGGCCAUUUUUGAGGUCAGUCUUGAGGUUUGAUCAUACUCCAUGAGAGGGCUUAGUUGUCUCUUUCGUUGGUUCUCUCUGGCAAACUAGUGUGACUACAGUUCAGCUUAUUGGUCUCAUGAAGCUAUGAGGCUACUCUUAUUAAUAACUGCUUAGCCAAAACCUCCAUUGUUUUUGAAAGCAUCCUAGGCUUGAACUUCCCCAUGCUGUGUUUCAGAUAAAGAUAGUUUUGUAGGGGGAGAGCUUCAGAAUUCUCUGUUUUUAAGGCCUGGCAGCAGUAACACUCUAAUGGCAAUGAGCAUACCUAACACGCAGACAUUGGUUUCUAGAUACCGUUCUUUACUAAUAAAUGCAAGAGCUUCUGAGUCUAAUCAUGAGGAAACAGCAUGCCCAAAUUGAGAGAGAUUGCUACAAAAUAACUGGCCUAUACUCUUCAAAAGUGUCAAGGUCAUCAAAGUCAAGGAAAGACUGAGGAACUUGUUUGAGUGUGAAAUAGGUGAAAGAAACAGGACAGCUAAAUACAACAUGUCCUUUUACUGUAAGGAACAUUUUUGGAGUAAUCAGUGAAGCUUGAAUGAGGUCUGAGGAAUAGAGGGCAAGUAGUAAUAUCUCAACCAUAAUUUUCUGAUUUGGGGUAAUUUUCAAGAAUAUCUUUGUGGGAUGAGAUACCAUCUCACACCAGUUAGAAUGGCAAUCAUUAAAAAGUCAGGAAACAACAGGUGCUGGAGAGGAUGUGGAGGAAUAGGAACACUUUUACACUGUUGGUGGGACUGUAAACUAGUUCAACCAUUGUGGAAGUCAGUGUGGCGAUUCCUCAGGGAUCUAGAACUAGAAAUACCAUUUGACCCAGCCAUCCCAUUACUGGGUAUAUACCCAAAGGACUAUAAAUCAUGCUGCUAUAAAGACACAUGCACACGUAUGUUUAUUGAAGCACUAUUCACAAUAGCAAAGACUUGGAACCAACCCAAAUGUCCAACAAUGAUAGACUGGAUUAAGAAAAUGUGGCACAUAUCCACCAUGGAAUACUAUGCAGCCAUAAAAAAUGAUGAGUUCAUGUCCUUUAUAGGGACGUGGAUGAAAUUGGAAAUCAUCAUUCUCAGUAAACUUUCGCAAGGACAAAAAACCAAACACCGCAUAUUCUCACUCAUAGAUGGCAAUUGAACAAUGAGAACACAUGGACACAGGAAGGGGAACAUCACACUCUGGGGACUGUUGUGGGGUCGGGGGAGGGGGAGGGAUAGCAUUAGGAGAUAUACCUAAUGCUAAAUGACGAGUUAAUGGGUCCAGCACACCAGCAUGAUACAUGUAUACAUAUGUAACUAACCUGCACAUUGUGCCCCGUACCCUAAAACUUAAAGUAUAAUAAUAAUAAUAGUAAAAGAAAACUAUCAACAGUAAAAAAAAAAAGAAUAUCUUUGUGGGAAAUAAACACUAAAUUAUUUGGCGUAAUGGGGCAGCAUUUCUGCAAGUUACUCUAAAAAAUUCAAGGAAAAAUAUUCUUUUUUUUUUUUUUUUUUGAAACAGUCCCGCUCUGUCACCCAGACUAGAGUGCAGUGGUGCAAUCUCAGCUCACUGCAACCUCUGCCUUCCAGGUGCAAGCAAUUAUCCUGCCUCAGCCUCCCAAGUAGCUGGGACUACAGGCGUGCGCCACUACACCCAGCUCAUUUUUGUAUUUUUAGUGGAGACUGGGUUUUACCGUGUUGGCCAGGUGGGUAUCUAACUACUGACCUCAGGUGAUCUGCCCACCUCAGGUGAUCUGCCCUCCUCAGCCUCCCAAAGUGCUGGGAUUACAGGCACGAGCCACCAUGCCCAGCCAAGGAAAAAUAUUAUUUGUAACUUUUGUAACUUUUCUGUAAGUUUGACAUUGAUUCAAAGUAAAAAUAUAAAAUAUUCUCAAAAAUAUAUGGGCCAGGCAUGGUGGCAGGCACCUGUCAUAUUGGCUACCAGAGAGGCUGAGGCAGGAGGAUUGUUUGAGCCCAGGAAUUCAAGGCUGCAGUGAGCUAUGAUCACGUCACUGCUCUGUAGCCUGUGCGACAGAGCAAGGUGCUGUCUUUAAAAAAAAUUAAAAAUUAAAACUAAAGUGUUCAAUUGUGUUGCAUGCUGCUGCACAGUCAAAUAGAAACUCUAAAGAGUCCACCUCAAAACAGAUCAUCGGAGGCCUUAGCAAGAGUGGUUUGAUUUGAGAGUGGAGGCAGAGGCCAGAGCUGAGUAGGCUAAGGAUGAGACCUGUGACACGUGGAGAUGGCAGGUGUAGUCACCUUGGUUUGGAGGUUUAGCUAUGAAGGGGAGAGAAGAAGGGCCCUCAGAAGAAGGGAAAUUAUAGUGAAAGAUCUGGAAACAAUUACAUAUACCUAGGAAUGUUUGAAAAACAGAAAUAGGGAAAGUCUUGGAAAAGUUCUGUCUUCAGAUAUUUGAAAAUCUUUCAAGACAAAGAGAAGCUUUAUUCUUUAUUUUCAGUGGGAAGAACCAGAACCAGUGUUUACAGAAUGGAUUUUAACUCAACACUAGAGAACAUUUGAAGCCCAGCGUGUUGGCAGGCAUCUGUAGUCCCAGCUACUCAAGAGGCUGAGGCAGGAGGAGGCCUUGAGCCCAAAAGUUUGAGUGCAGCCUAAGCAACAAAGUGAGAUCCCCAUCUCUAAAGAAGGAAGGAAAGAAAACAUUUGAGCUGUCUAACAGUGGAAUAGUCAGUUCCCUUGUGAAAAGUGAGCCUCUUGUCACAAAAAGUAGAGAACACGAGGCUGGAAAUUCAGCUGUACAGCAAAUUCCUGGAAGUGACUCCACGGUGGACUUAAGAAUGCAGAUAGGUGGGCCUCCCACGCCCACCAGGCACCCACUGCAUUCUCAGCCUAUUCUAUGACUUUAGGAAGUAAUGAUCCCUUUCUGAAAUCUUGAAUAUAGAAGGAAAUUACUAGUUCUUGGUGUUCUAGAUCUCACUUUUCAGUGUUUUACCUGCCCACUUGUAGAAAUUAAGGAAGAAAAGACUCAGUACUCACUGAUACAUUUUAGUGGGUUUCUUCGUUGUGUUUAUUGUGACUGAUUUCAUAUUUGUCAUGAUCAGUAUCUCAUUUUGUUCCUUAAAUAUUAUUCUAAAUUUGGUUCUCAUGUCCAGAGGUGGGUACCUUUCUUUUCAUCUGCCGCAUCAAUGCAAGGUAUAUUCACAGCACCUCAUUGUUGGGAACACUGAGCAAGCAUGCAGAAAGGGCUGGUUUCACCUUGCAGAAUCCUGUUUGCGUUAGGCUUGACUUCCUUAGCAUUGACACAGGGUCACUGACUGUAUAGUAACUGGGGUAAGCUCAGUCAUUUUGUGUUUAUUUGAGGUCAACCCAGGGCUCAAGAUUUCACCACAGAGAUUAUUCUUGAGGUGAUCUAUAAACCAUCCCUUCCUUAGCUUGGUCCAAAUAAGUCCUACCCCUGCCCCUUAUCUAAUGAAAUUAGUUGUCAUUUUUAGUGUAGUUGAAAGCAGUUACUUUUGACUUUUCUCUGUAGAUGUCCUCAGAUGCUGGUUCUCCAGGCCAUGGACUUGUCUCUGCAGAGCUCACCACUCUUGUUUCUCAGGAGCUAAGUUAACAUUCUGGUGUGCCACAUACUCAGAAGCACAGACUUGCCCAGAAAUUUUCUUAGACUCCCUCUUACACAGAUAGAAAAUACACAGCUCCUUAGUUUGAGCAUUUAGGGCCUCCUGCCAAUAAGUUCAUGUUCCUGUCAUGCAGACCUCUGUGCAACUGCUGUUUCUGUGUUGCCCUUAGGGUCCUGAGGGCCUUGCCUAGAAUAAUCCUCAUAUAAUUCCUCUGACAGGAAAGCUUUGCUUUCUUCCAUGGCUGUAUUCUAAAUAACAAAGGCAUGAUACUACACAUAGAGUAGGAAUUUGGACACCAAAUUGGGAUUCUGUGUCCCUGUCUUAUUCGACAAAAGUGCACAUUAUUGGGGAGAUGGGGGCAGCAUUUUAAGAGGAUCUUCGUAUAGCAUUAGUAAUCGUUAAAAAAAAAAAAACAAAGAAACAGAAAAUAGCCUUAUCUGUAGCAGUACAGUAGUUUGUUUCUGUGCACACACAUCUGAAAUACCACUUGUGCAGAGAGCGAGCAAGCGAGGGCGCAGCCUGACAUUAACAAGGGAGGAGGCGGACAAUGAGUACAUUAGUGGUUGUUGUACUUUCUGUUUUCUUUAUAUCCUUUAUCUUCAAGUUGCAGCCUCCCCCUCAUCUAGUUCCUUUAAAAAUGUGAUACUUAGUGAUCUUUCUUUAUAUGCCUCUGCCAAGACAUUACUGAAGCUUCUUUUUUCCCUCACUGCAACAAAAGGCAGAGAAUGGUGUUUUGAGUUUUUGAGAGGCAUGGCUACUAUAACUGUCCAACAGAGGCAUAACUAAGAAUUGGGUUUUUAUAUUCUGAAAAUGAACACAUGAAGUUAAAUGUCUUCUGAUAAUAUAUCACCUCUAAAAAUGUCUUUAUUUGUUCUAUCCAAGUAUUUCUUUAAUAGUUUUACCAAGAAAAAAUAGAAGUGGUUUUGGUUAUGAAAAAUUGGAUGAUAUUUUAAUAAUGUUGUAAGGUGUCCAGCAUAUCCCACUUUAUUACAAUUAACUUUUUUCUACACUAUUCAAACGAGGAGUAGAAAGGUAAUUUUUUUCAAAAUAUCCAGAGACAGGUUGUGAACGGAAUAACAGAAUUUAAGCCUUUCAACAUGUAUGUAAAAGGCAGUUUUUGCAUCAGGAAGACAGUUUUCUAAAUUCGCUACAAUAUUUUGGGGAGUAAUUCUUUGAGUGUGGUUAGAUAUUUUAAGUGCAUUUGAGAAAUAAAAUUUAGUAAUCAAUAUAUUUAAAAUUUAUAUUAUUCUUCCCUGUAUUUGAACAAUUUGUCCAAAAUGCAAUCUGUUCAUAUUGGAUUUUGCCUGUUCAGAUCUAAGUGGGAAUCAGUAGUUUCUUUGUUUGUCACCAUGGAAACCAGUCAGCCAAUCUGAAUGGCUCUUAGAUCAUACAGAACGAUGCAAUGCUCCGUGCUCUCAGUGAAAGUUCCCCACUGAGUAAGUAGGGCUGACUCUUCCUGCCUCCGGCUCUUGCCUCCCAGUGCCAUGCAGGUGCAGGAUGCAACCAGGCGGCCCUCGGCCGUGCACUUCCUCAGCUCCUUUCUCCAGGGCCGCCGGCACUCCACCUCAGACCCAGUACUGCGGCUGCAGCAGGCCCGGCGGGGCUCUGGCUUGGGCUCCGGCUCUGCCACGAAGCUGCUGUCCUCGUCCUCUCUCCAGGUGAUGGUGGCUGUUUCCUCAGUCAGCCAUGCAGAGGGAAACCCAACUUUCCCCGAAAGAAAAAGUAAAGGAAAUUUAGAACGUCCAACACCAAAGUACACAAAAGUAGGAGAGCGUUUACGGCAUGUCAUUCCUGGACACAUGGCGUGUUCCAUGGCGUGUGGUGGUAGAGCUUGCAAGUAUGAGAACCCAGCCCGCUGGAGUGAGCAGGAGCAAGCCAUUAAGGGGGUUUACUCAUCCUGGGUCACUGAUAAUAUACUGGCCAUGGCCCGCCCAUCCUCUGAGCUCCUGGAGAAGUACCACAUCAUUGAUCAGUUCCUCAGCCAUGGCAUAAAAACAAUAAUCAACCUCCAGCGCCCUGGUGAGCAUGCUAGCUGUGGGAACCCUCUGGAACAAGAAAGUGGCUUCACAUACCUUCCUGAGGCUUUCAUGGAGGCUGGCAUUUACUUCUACAAUUUUGGAUGGAAGGAUUAUGGUGUAGCAUCUCUUACUACUAUCCUAGAUAUGGUGAAGGUGAUGACAUUUGCCUUACAGGAAGGAAAAGUAGCUAUCCAUUGUCAUGCGGGGCUUGGUCGAACAGGUGUUUUAAUAGCCUGUUACUUAGUUUUUGCAACGAGAAUGACUGCUGACCAAGCAAUUAUAUUUGUGCGGGCAAAGCGACCCAAUUCCAUACAAACCAGAGGACAGCUCCUCUGUGUAAGGGAAUUUACUCAGUUUCUAACUCCUCUCCGCAAUAUAUUCUCUUGCUGUGAUCCCAAAGCACAUGCUGUCACCUUAGCUCAAUAUCUAAUUCGCCAGCGUCAUCUGCUUCAUGGUUAUGAGGCACGACUUCUGAAACACGUGCCAAAAAUUAUCCACCUAGUUUGCAAAUUGCUGCUGGACUUAGCGGAGAACAGGCCAGUGAUGAUGAAGGAUGUGUCCGAAGGACCUGGUCUCUCUGCUGAAAUAGAAAAGACCAUGUCUGAGAUGGUCACCAUGCAGCUGGAUAAAGAGUUACUGAGGCAUGACAGUGAUGUGUCCAACCCGCCUAACCCCACUGCAGUGGCAGCAGAUUUUGACAAUCGAGGCAUGAUUUUCUCCAAUGAGCAAGAGUUUGACCCUCUUUGGAAAAGGCGGAAUGUUGAGUGCCUUCAACCCCUGACUCAUCUGAAAAGGCGGCUCAGCUACAGUGACUCAGAUUUAAAGAGGGCCGAGAACCUCCUGGAGCAAGGGGAGACUCCACAGACAGUGCCUGCCCAGGUCUUGGUUGGCCACAACCCCAGGCAGCAGAAGCUCAUAAGCCAUUGUUACAUCCCACAGUCUCCAGAACCAGACUUACACAAGGAAGCCUUGGUUCGCAGCACACUUUCUUUCUGGAGUCAGUCAAAGUUUGGAGGCCUGGAAGGACUCAAAGAUAAUGGGUCACCAAUUUUCCAUGGAAGGAUCAUUCCAAAGGAAGCACAGCAGAGUAGAGCUUUCUCUGCAGAUGUUUCAGGCUCACACAGCCCUGGGGAGCCAGUUUCACCCAGCUUUGCAAAUGUCCAUAAGAAUCCAAACCCUGCUCACCAGCAAGUGUCUCACUGUCAGUGUAAAACUCGUGGUGUUGGGAGCCCUGGCUCUGUCAGGCAGAACAGCAGGACACCCCGAAGCCCUCUGGACUGUGGCUCCAGUCCCAAAGCACAGUUCUUGGUUGAACAUGAAACCCAGGACAGUAAAGAUCUGUCUGAAGCAGCUUCACACUCUACAUUACAGUCUGAAUGGAGUGCUGAGGCAAGAAGAAUACUGGCGGCCAAAGCCCUAGCAAAUUUAAAUGAAUCUGUAGAAAAGGAGGAACUAAAAAGGAAGGUAGAAAUGUGGCAGAAAGAGCUUAAUUCCCGAGAUGGAGCUUGGGAAAGAAUAUGUGGCGAGAGGGACCCUUUCAUCCUAUGCAGCUUGAUGUGGUCUUGGGUGGAGCAACUGAAGGAGCCUGUAAUCACCAAAGAGGAUGUGGACAUGUUGGUUGACAGGCGAGCAGAUGCCGCAGAAGCACUGUUUUUAUUAGAGAAGGGACAGCACCAGACUAUUCUCUGCGUGUUGCACUGCAUAGUGAACCUGCAGACAAUUCCCAUGGAUGUGGAGGAAGCUUUCCUUGCCCAUGCCAUUAAGGCGUUCACUAAGGUUAAUUUUGAUUCUGAAAAUGGACCAACAGUUUACAACACCCUGAAGAAAAUAUUUAAGCACACGCUGGAAGAAAAAAGAAAAAUGACAAAAGAUGGCCCUAAGCCUGGCCUCUAGCUUUCCCUCGUGGUGAAUAUUUCAGACCUAAAGAUCCAGAUAGUAUCUCUGUUCAUAUGUGAAUAAGUUGAAGAUUGUGGGGCUACUUUUUCUCAUAGCACUUUAUUUUGAAUGUUGUUAGUUUGUGCUGAGAAUGGUCGUCCCUAUUUGAACCAAUUAUUUAUUUUAAAAUAUCUUUAAGCUACAUUUUUGUUUUGAAAAAUUGCCAUAAAUUUGGUGCCACUUUUAUUUAUUUGAGUUAAUAUUAUUGUAUUAACAUUUUAAGUAUAUGGUGUUUACAUUCUUAUUUCUUUUGACGUUUUGGAAAUAAUCAUAACUUGUCUUUCCAAAAUAACCAUUUUCUUGAUGGAACUCUUCCUAGAGUUUUUACCAAAUAGCUAACUUUAGUAGUAAAACCUCAUUGUGUAUCCAUUCCCCCACAAAUGAACUAAGAAAGUCACCAAGUGUCUUAAGCUGUUUUAUAUUUGUUACGAAGAAGGCUAUUGCUACAAUAUUUUUAAAGGUUUUUUUUAAACUUUGAAAUUUUUUGUUUUUCCUUUUCUUUUUAUAAAUGUAACAGAGGGUUUCAAAGCAUAUUAUUUUUCAGAGAGAUUUAGUUUUACUUUAAUGGAGUGACUGUGAAGUGGUUGGGAUUUUUUGCUUGUAGAAAGUAGACUUGCUCUUUGUCAGAUUUCCAAACAACCUUGCCAGCCUUGGCUGUCAAAAGGAGGCAGGAGCAGUUCUCAACACACCAAGCCUUAUUCCCACUCCCUUCGGUUGCUGCUGAGCCAAAUAGCAUCUUUACAGAGGAAGUGGGGUCAGAGGCAGGAAGUGUGGAAAGUUGCUAAGAAGCAGGGCUUGCCUCUGUCCUCCUGGGGACUCCACAGGGAUAUUCGUGCAGGGCAGGGGCUCUGUGCCAGCCCUGCUCUCUCAGGUGCCACAGCCACUCUGCAGAGGUGACUCUUAGAGCUGGAGGAAGUCAAAACUGGGUCACUGUUUGUGCUGAUGGUGUAUUAGCAUGAGCAGCGUGGCCCUGGCCCCACACUCCCAAAUCUGCCACUCCAUAGACCCACUUGCCUCAAGGCUUUAUAUUUGGCUGCUUUCUUACAAUGAGAAUUAAGAUUUUUAAACUGAAGUUGACCAUACAGGUUGCAUUAGCCCUAACUGGCUUCAUGUAAGAAGGGUGACCGCCUAAACUAGUUCCUUGUAAGCUGAACCAUCAAUUAUCAAUUGAAGCCAUACUUUUAUUUAAAUUAAUAUGUGUAGAUACCAGAGGCCAAGCCACAGAGAGGAUAAUAGUUCUUCCCAAUAAAGGUGAUAUUAAUCAGACUAAUUUCAAACUAAAGAAGUUACUGCAUAAAGACGGAAUUUCAGGAGAAGCAAGACUCAUUUAGAACAAAUGAAAUUUCUCCAGUCCUACAUUUCUGAAUUGACCUCUAGCACAUCAAAAAUAUUUCAGUCAUUAUCAGUCUCAUUAACUCAAAUGCCAAAUGCUAAAUGCAGUGUUCUUUCACACAGUUUUAAUUUUCUUGGGAAAUCAAGUCCAGUCGAUGUUAAUGGAGUGGGUUGCCCAUCCCUGAAAUGUCUUAUUUUCAAGUGUCUGGCCUGGGAAAGAAGGGGAAGAAACAAUUGCAUUUUAUCCAAAGGUACACUAUAAAAAUAGAGUUUUUACCAAAAAAAGAUGUUUGUUCUUAUCUCAAUCGGCCUCAUUUGGGCAAGUGACCCACAGGUCUUUUGGUGAGUUUGCUAUUUGCCUGUUGAAAUACUUGUUUCAACUUAGAGAACAGUUAUGAUGUGACCAUAACAUUGCACGACUAAAAAUCUAAGCCGGAAACCUGAAAAAAGAGAUAUGACAAGGGAAAUUAAUCAGGCUAUAUAUAAGUAUUGUAUUUAUUUGAAUAAAAGUAAAAAGAACAACCCAUAA